UUUAGCUUACAGACACCUCCCCAUGUCUAGUUCUUCUCCUCCUCCUCCUCCUCCUCUCACACUCUCAAGACCCAGGAACUCUGUGGCUGCGAGUCCUGAAUCUUCCUUCUACAGUCACUUUCCAGAUCUCAUAAAGUCUAGGGAUCCAUGAGCAAGGUCAAGUUCUCGCGAUUAAGUGGUGGCUAGGAGCCAUGCUCCUCCUUAAGAGCUCUCCACGAAAGUUCCUGUUUCCUGUCCUGGAUGGAGGCGGUCUCUCAAGGCUGCUGUCAUGGGCUUAUGGAAAAGUGAUUACCGGUGUAACCAGACAACCUGCUUUCAGCCUCUUUAGAAGAUGUUUUCAAAGCAACAUGUAAAGCUGCUGUUAAUCGGGAAUGCAGGUGUGGGGAAAUCGGCAUUAAUGAACCAGUAUGUCAAUAAUCGCUUCACAAACUACUACAGAGCAACGAUAGGAGCCGACUUCUUCACUAAAGAACUGCGAGUAGAUGAGCAGCAGGUCAUAGUACAGAUCUGGGAUACAGCAGGCACAGAGCGCUUCCAGUCUUUGGGUGCUGCACUUUACCGGGGUACAGACUGCUGCCUGCUGGUUUUUGAUGUUACAUCUCCAAACUCUUUCAAUGCCCUUGAUACCUGGCAUAAGGAAUUCCUGGUACAAGCUGACCCUGAGUCUCCAGAAAAAUUCCCUUUUGUGGUCAUUGCAAACAAGGCAGACCUAGAGGAACGUCAGGUCACCCCACGCCAGGCACAGGAAUGGUGUAAAGCAUGUACAGCAGAGUACUAUGAAACGAGUGCCAAAGAAGCAAUGAAUGUAAAUGAGGCGUUCCUAGGAGCAAUCAGACUUGCCUUAAAACAUCCUAAAUUAUCAGGACAGACUGCAGCAAACGAAUCAGUGAAUCUAUUAGAAAAAAAGGCCAAACACAAAAAGAAGUGUGACUGUUAAUUUCCUAUGUACCCUGCUGGAUGCCAGGACUGGAUUUGGUCUUCUGCAUGAAGUGCUUGGGCAUCCCAGAGCACACAACAAGUGGACAGACGACAACUCUUGAUGACACAAUAGAAAAACCUUUCGAUGUAGGCUCAUUUGCAAGUGAUGAGGUACAGAAUGCUCUGCCGUCUAUUGGACAAAGACUUAUUUCUUAAUGUCUUUAUUCACACAUCAUAUUAAUUUAAUAUUUUACAAAUUGUUUUAUUAAACAUUCCCACCACCAUUGGGAACAAAAUUUCAUAUUGCUCUCUGAUGACCCUUCAGGGGGGAAAACA